UCCAGUCUUUCCAGACGCCGCCAUUUGUCAUUUUUGUUUGACAGAAGUUUUCGCUGGCGCGAUAUUUUCGUGUUUUUCAUAUAAAAUAUUGACUAUCUUGGAAUAAAAGUAGUGAAAUUUUGCAAAGGGAGUGUCUAACUAUUACAUUGCAGUGGAUUUUUAGGAGGAAUCAUGCCGGAAUUUGUGACAUUGGAUAUGGAAUGUUGGCAGGAGGAGCUGAGCCCUGUGCAGCUGGAGGCGUACGAAAGGGCUGAGAGGGAGCACAAUGAUAUCCGGUCAAAGAUUACGGAUGUAAUGAAGGAUGGUUCGGGACAAAAUAUCUUCAAUGGAAAUAUCUUUUCGGCAUAUCAAAUAACUGGCUUGGUUACCGGUCUCGAGGAAGUUGCGCAGCCGCUAUCAACCUUCCGGAAUGAGGGAAAAAAAGUUCGUGCAGCUGUUCAAAAGUCCAAAACAGGAAGAUACACAAAUGCACCAACAGAAAAUAUUGAGAUAAAUGAUGAUGACGAUGAGGAUUUCAAUGAUGAGGACUACAUGCCGCUGGCAAAACGCAAAGCAAUACUGAAGCAAGAAAAGAAGAAGGAAUCCCCGGCAGUAUCUCCUGCUGCGAGUGGGAAGAAGUCAGCAAAACCUGAGGCUCCGGUCAAAAUUCCGGCUGUUGUUGCCAAGGUUCGCCCGUCAGAAGCAACAUCAGUGGGUGGAUUGAGUCUCAAUAAUGCCGCCCCAGCUGCUGGGAAGGAAUCCCCAUCAAAGACAAAAGAAGUUGUGGAUCUUACGAAGGAAGAUAGUGGAAAAGCAGCUGCAGACAGCCGUGAAAUAACAUUCAAUAAACUCCAGGGCAAGACCUACCCAUCUCUGGUGGUUGUUGCGCGACCAUCGCUGAAAAUCAAGGAUGGUAUCCAGUCGGAUCGCGGGACACUCGAUACAAAGGUCAAGAGUGUUCUCACGUAUCCUACAACCAAAUUUACAGAGUGGCUCAUCCAGCAGGGACUAGUGCGUAGUGCACAAUCAUGUCAGCUACAUCCGGAUACAUCUCUCAAGCUGGGAAUGUAUUCAGACAGCUCAAAAUUCCCAUACUCAGGGGGAUAUGUUUGGAUAAGUUCAUGCUGCCCAACGCGCUAUGUGUCCGUUUUCAAUGCAUCCAUCUUCGAAGGUUCCACUCAUCCACCUUCAGUGAUUCUUAAACUUAUCUACCAUUGGGCAUGCCAGACAAAUGUCCCAAAUGUUGUGCAGUGGGUCAAAGUGGAUAAUCUCUACGUUAAGGGUAUCUACACAUUCCUCCGGGCAGUUUGCACUGUCGCGCUGUACUACCACAUCACCCUUCUCGGAGGACCAGGAAAGAAAAUUGAGGUUGGGGUUAUAUCUCUCGGUACUACCACACAAGAUGGGCAGCAGAGGCAAGUAAAAGUUGAGGUAUUGGGAGUUUACGAUCCAGAUGGCAAACUCAUUCGCUUGCGUGCGAUUGAACCAUACACGGGACCGGAUAAGAACAAUAAGAAGCGCUUUGAGAGAAUUCUUGAACCCCUGAAGGAAUGGGUGAAUCGCGAUAGUAUCAUCCUGACGGAUCUCACGGUGGACAAGAGUUGCCUUCACACAUUGGGCUUUAAGACCGUUCAUCAAGCACUGCCAUCGGAUUCAAGUCGCAACAGUAAUGCAACAAUUAUGGACUACCUGAGGCGUAUUGUGCCACGAAUGUUCCAAAAUACAUUGUCUCUGCUCUCGCGUGCUAUUAUACAACAAUUCCUGGAUGAAUUGGUUUGGAGGGAAUGGUAUGGAUCAACUCCUGGACAAGCUUUCGAUAACAUUGUUAAUCAUCUUGCUGAACAGACGCGUCUGGAUCAUAAAUCAUCCCUCACCAGUCGCCUCAAUAAGGUUGCAGCUGAUCCAUUCCAAAAUUGGCAACACUUUUCUGCAACGAAUAAGCCCUCCGGAAAGCGCAAAAUGCCAUCAGCAUCGACAAUACCUGUAGCAGAUGAUUCCCCAAAGGCUUCAACGCCAAAGGAGAAAGCAAAACAAUCACCGGCAACGCCAGUUUCAACACGGCGUGGUCAAGUGGCUGCACCACCACCCACAUUGGCGGUUGCUGCAACGCCUACGUCUUCGGGGAAAAUUGGCCGUCCCAGGAAGGAGGAUACGGCUGACAAAAUAAGCCUCGAGGGCUACUACUAUGCCACCUAUGAAGGUGAAGGGACUACCCUGCAGGCGGGUGAAAUGGUGAAUUUUGAGAUAAAAUGUCCGGAUUGUGACAAAGUUCUAACGAACAACACCGAUCUCAUGGAUCAUUUGUUUACGCACGUUACCACGAGCGUGGGCAGGAAGAUUUGUCGGUAUUGCUUGGAUAGAUUCACCACGCCUGAGGGUCAAACGCGCCACAUUCUCCUUUCGCAUCCAAUUGAUACGAAAUACAUGGCACAGGGUGGUGGCUUCAAUUGUCUCAUCUGCGAACAGAGGCAUGCUACACUUGUAGCCCUCGUGAGUCACAUGGGGGUACGGCAUGUUACAUCUGAGAUGCCCUACAAGUGUGGCGGAUGCGAAUACAGGAGUUCUGUACUCCGUCAGACGAUUGAUCAUUUCUAUGCCAAGCACAAACUAUCUGCAAUGCUUCAGUGUCCAUUCUGCUUGAAGAUUUACUUGGCUGCCACGGCAGAGGAGACCCUCUAUGCCAAUGUGUUGGGUUAUUUGAAACAUUUGCGUCAGCACAUGCUGAAGACUGCAACAAAGAAGUGUGGACGCUGUUCUUUGGGAUUUGUUUCAAAAUCAGCGCAUAAGCUUCAUCAAUUGUAUGCCCAUGUGUCACAUGCUUGGCACCAGAAUGAACUUCUUCCCGUCAAUAAGGGGAUAACCAACAUUACAAAGCCCAAGGCUAAAGCUGAUGUUGCACCUGUACGUCCGGCAAAUCCAAAUCCUUCUUUAGAUGGCGUGUCAAUGUACAUCCCGAAUGGACGACAUUGCCUUGAGUGCGAUUAUGAUUUUGAAGAGGAAAAUCACAUUGUGGGUUUAAUGAAAUGCUCAAAGUGCAACAAGUACCAGACAUGCUGCCUAAGGGCUCUCAUGGAUCACUAUACGUUGUGCUCAUCACCACCGCAGAGUGCUGCUCCUCUGGGUGCAGAUGUGGUAUGCGUAUGUGGCUUUGCAGGCAAUGAUGGCAAUGUGGUGGCAUCCCAUAUGGUUGUAUGCGAACGGAAGAGUGUUUAUGCUACAGUUGAAGAGGCCAAUGAGAAUACUGUUAAGCGUAACAUGCUCGAUAUGUUGGACCUUGUGAGGCGUCCCGAAUCAACACCUGAACAACCACCGGAUGAGCCAAUGGAAGAAGCUCCACCUGUGCAGGAGAAUCUAGAGCAAUCUGAUCAAUUUAAUACGCAACUCUCACUGGAUGAUCUGGCACCACCGUCAGUGUUGCCGCCACAACAGGAGCCAGACAGGACACCACAGCUGAGGGAUGAAUAUCAGUCUUUGGCCACUCCGCAGGUUCAGGGCGAGUAUGAAGCUAUGCAGUCUAUGGACACGAGCUCAUCUCAUUUUAUGUAAAAGAAAGCUUCUAAAUGAGCGAAUUCUGCGUAAGUUUUUCUGCAUUAUUAUUCUUCUUUUUUUUUUAAUUUGACAUAGUGAGUAAUUUUAUGAUAAUAGGUACACAACAUUAUGAAAAAAAAAUGCAUUAACUUCUUACUAUGCAGAUGAAUUUAUUCUUCACACAAUUUGUAGUUGCAAUGCGCAUUAAAUAUAUACGAUGAAAUUUAAUAAGCAAAA